AUGGAGGCAAGCGGCAACAUCGUUGCCUUUGAAGGCCACCCCGACGUCGUAUCGACUCAGCUCCGACUGCUGCCAACCUCACCUCAGAUCCUCAUUCUUCCUUCCGUCCAGUCCUACAUUGCCAAUGAUGAUUCUGAGCGGGCCUUUGAAGUGCGGUCGUAUAUUCGAAGUGUCCAUGAUGCCCUCGCCAAGCGCCAUGAAGCGGCACGCUGCUUUCUUCAAGAGGCGACUCCAGUGAACAAGCGACUGGCAUUCCUCAACGGCGGGACACCGAGCGCUCAGGCAUUGUGUAUCAAAGCGAUUAUGAAGCACGAGACUGGUGGAGAUAGAGUUGAAGCGGAAGCCGUCUACGCCCAAUUAGCGAGAGAUGGAUUGGCUGGGCUUGAGGCUAAGAGCCGAAUUGACAGCCGCGUGGGCUCUGUCGGUGACGAAACCAUGUUCGAUGAAGAGCUCCACGAUCCCAUAACACGGGCCAUGAGAGCUGCCGAUGCUUUGGAUCGUCAGACUGCCAAUCUGCAGCCCGGUGAUAUGCUCGAUCUCGCUUCGUCUACUCGACCACGAAGCUUGAGCUUGCCGCUAUAUGGCUAUUCGGAUGGCUUUGGCGACGCAACUCCGUUUUUUCUCUUCGGCGCGCACAUUGAAGACGAUGAAGUCAUAGAGGACGAUCCCCCUCUGGCUCCUGGAGCUCCAACCUUUGCAUUGGUUGAUUAUAACCAACCAUCGAAACAAAUCUUGCUCGGCCCUGCAGAACUGCCUUCAGCUUCACCAAGCACCGCUGUCAAAUCACAAACUCGGUCGACCUUGGGAGUAAGUCACAACACCGAGAUGCUUUCCCCAACAACCGAGACUUUCAAUAUUCGCACAGACGAUCACGCCGCCUACGGAGAGCCCAUCAAACCCAAUAGAAGUAAAUCGGUCUCGAGCUUCAAGGGUUCACUUCCAAGAGUGAAGUCGUUAGAUAGAAUCUACCCGCUUAGUGCAAAGUUGAGAGAUCUCUGUAUUCCGGAGACGUCUUCAGAAAUGAGUACAGACUUGUCUGCUCCUCGCCGCUCACACUCUUUCAUGGUUGCUAGCGACCCUAAGCCUACAGUUAUUCGGAAACUAAGUUACAUCGACCGAAGAUCGGUAGCAUCCAAAGGCCGUCGGCCAACGGCUACUAUCGAUCUCCCUGUUGAUAAGAAGCUGAACGCAAGGCAAAGCAAUGCAGGGCUGUUUCACACCCAUCUUGGAACUGACGUUGCUACUUCGGCUGAGAUGCCAUUCCAGCCAAUACUACCAUGGGUGGAAGAUCUGCUAGUCUAUUUCAAAGACGAGACGCCCAAUGUGUUGCUUUCUCUAACAAUCAAAGCUUUCAAAGCUGGCAAUUACCCUAUACUGUCAAGUUCUACUCUUACCUUCUCUAAUGCCAUCCCUACAUCGACAGCCUCUCUCUACCAGCCGACUGCCAUUGACAGCUCCAUGAUCAAUAGGUCUCACGAAACCUCUGUGCUGAGUAUGACGGAUGAUGACCAUGAUCCUUUUGCCGAUACACAGCCUCACCAGCCGCUUGGGAGAGAACAGGUCGGCCCAAUUGUCAACGUCAUUCGGCCUCCAACGCCGGCACAAACACCACCACCCUGCAAAGCAAAGGAGAAUGAAAUUUACGAAUUCGAAGUUGUUUCUGGCCAAACUGCUGUCGCCAUCCAGAACUCGCUGCGGUCAAUUCUUAGCACAUACUUUCCUCCUGAAGCCGAGGGCUAUCGACAAUUCCAAUUCUCACUCCUUCCAGAGUUCGAUGGACUCUGGAAACCUGUAUUUAGAGAAUCCGAGUCGAAAGGCUCCCCAAGAGAAACUAACCGAAGAGUUGACCACAUCCUUGCAAUAGGGUCUCAACAAGGUGUGGACAAGGUGUAUUCGUCAAAAAUUAUCAAGCAGUUGGAGACAAUCGGGACCAGAUCCAGCGAUCGCCAGGGCCGCAGCGGCCGGGUAGAUUUCCGAUAUUUGCUUGCCAAUGCGAUGCAAGCAUUCACUGCCCUGCCCUUGACGAACCAGACUUCGGAUAAUCCCUUUACCAAUUCGUAUCUUUUGGCGACACUUUUAAUUCCCCAUCUUGAAACGUAUUUGGCACUCCACUCUGAAAUUCGCUAUCUUUUGUUAGAAUAUCCUCCAGAACACCUGCCCACGGUACUGGCUCUGCAAAAGUUAGUAGGCGUGGAUCUGAUCAAGGUGGCGCAAAUAGUCGAUUCUACCAACAAAGGCCGUUUGCCUUUUACUCAGAUUGGAGGCCCCAGCGCUGGAACCAAAACGGAAGCCAAAUCACCUAAACUAUCUCCGCGAUCGUCAAACUCAGAGUUCACAGUCUCGAACGCGAAUUUCUUGCUGACAUCCACGGCUACCGCCAAGGAUAUUGCAAAAUUCGUGUCUACUGUCUGGAAUAUUCAACCUGAGACUGAGGACUCCGAGCCUUCAUCACAAGAGAAGAGACCAGUUGGCAAGAGGCCGAGGCCAGCACCACUGGACGCUUCCUUUACCAAAUACCCUCAUUCUUCAGGCUCUUUUUACAGCAAACCGUCGCCUAUUUCUGCCGUUGAAUCUUCUAGCCCUGGAUCACUGACGUCGUCCUCCCGGCCUCAAUCACUCAUGGACGUCAAAACGCCCAAGUCUGAUACCAUGCCUACCGGGCCCUUCUCUCGACGGCGGCUGUUUCGCAGCGACUCAGCAUCAAUGACUACUUUUGAUCAUGGCAGUGACGAUAGUGAAUUGGACUUGGAAGAGCGGAGACUUAUGCCAAUGUUUAUGAAAUCGACAGAGCGUCAGGGUAACACCCGAAAGGCUCUCAAAUUUCUCGGCUUGGCGUAA